ACAGCUGCCUCACAGAACCAGUGGCAAUUUCAAGAAACCAGUGGAGUACUCUUUACAGCUGAUUCAACAAGAAGAACACACAUUUUGUGAGAGAACAAUAGGAGUCAAGAUGAAAAUGAUCUUCCAGUCUUUCCUCUAUUGCUGCCUCCUGGCAACAGUAGCACACUGUGUGGAACUUGAAGUAAAUCCCCUGUUGAAAAAAAGGCUCAGCAUAUGGCUGGGGAGCAGAUUGAGACGGGAUCUUGACAGCGUAUCAGUCGAGAAGGCUGCAGAGUCUGAGCAGUUCGUCAGACCGGAGGAUAUCAGGGAUACUUUGCUGCCACAUUCCAGCACUGACAUCAAUGUCCGAACAAAGAGGUCAAAGAAUUCAGGCAACCAGUCCAGACGGCAAGGCUGUUCGCUGCCCACCUGCACGGUGCACGACCUGGCACACCGUCUGCACCAGCUCAACAACAAGUUGAGGAUCGGGAAUGCCCCCGUCGAAAAGAUCAGCCCGCAGGGAUACGGACGGAGGCGUCGAUCCCUCCCAGAGUACAGAGUCACACUGAGGUUAGAGCAGGGCAGGCUGAGGCCCGCGUGGAGCACGACCGACUCGCAGGUUCACAGGCUUGAGGCUCUCCUCAGACGGACAUGAGCGGGAAGUUGCGAGAAGAAGAGCUGAGAACAAAAAGCGAGGGGAGUAGCUCGGCGUUAGUGUCCUCUCUGCUCUGUUCCGAAAUUCUCGAAAUGCCUCAGACUCCUGCCAAGUACUCUCCACCUCAUUUGUUCCAGGAUUGAGGACUGUCAGAGCAAAGUCUGGGACUUGGCGGAACCUCGGCAAGGUGGAGGCUGCAGACAACUGCAGCGGGCUUACAGACACUGGAUGGCACGGCGCGGC